CUGAAACCGGAAGUGCGCUAACAGCAACAGCAACAGCCAUGGCGACCACGGCUGCGACCCGCACGGCGGCUAAGGUUGUCAAACCGAUUUUUAGUCGUGAUUUAGACGAGGCAAAGCGCCGUGUCCGGGAGCUGUAUCGGGCCUGGUACCGUGAGAUACCGAACACAGUGGCCAUGUUUCAGCUGGACAUCACAUCGCGUCAGGGAAGAGACAAAGUGCGGGAGAUGUUCGACAAAAAUAAGCACAUCAAUGACCCCCGUGUGAUCGAUAUGUUGGUCAUUAAGGGUAAAAUGGAACUUCAGGAAACGAUCCACGUGUGGAAGCAGAAGACUCACAUUAUGCGCUAUUUUCAUGAGAGUGAGGAGCCUCGAGCCACUGACUUCAUAUCCAAAUUCUACAAGGGUCAUGAACCUUGAACUGUGUAGCUGUCUGACCCAUCUUUGCUAGCGUCAGGUGUGAAAAAUGUUUCUCUUUAUUGUAAAUACACGCUUAAGACUCAAA